GUUGUCGAAAAAUUUAUUCGGAAAUUGAUAUCAAGGGAAUAGGCCUGCCUUGGAUAGAAAAUGUUCGUUACAUGACUAAUCAAGUACGCUCAUAUGCUGCUCAAAUUCUGGUCGAUAAUUUCGAACAACUUUGCGAGGAUCAGGAAUUUCUGGAAUGUGUGGAUGGUGUAGGUUUCAGUUCAGAUAUUUUAGAGGACAUUAUGACUAUAGUGGUGGAUGAGGGUUUGACUGAACAAAAUUCUGCUCGUGUUCUCAAAUCUAUCACUGGGAAGUUGUUAACGAGACCGGCAAUUAUGGAUGCGGAGUUCAUCGAGACAAAAAGAGUGUUGCUACAAGCAAAACAAAGUAUUUUCGACUAUAUAAAAAAGCGUUGGAUGGGUGUAAAAGAGUCUGGUGGAUUUAGACUAUUAAGUCCUAUGCUUUUGGAUGAAUUCGAAAAAGAAUUGGGGAUUGAUCGUAAUGAACUACAAGAACCUUGUGGUCAAUAUCAAAAUCAGAAAAAAGUAAAAACGCCAAGUUCAACAAACGGACUUUCGAAGAAAGGAGUGGUGCCACCUAUAGUUAAAAGUGCGCCCACAGUUCCAGCGACUCCUGUGAUUGUAACAACACCGCCACAAUCAACAUCAGGAUCGGCUACCUCUUCUACGGAAGAAACGGCGAACUCGAAUGGAGCUGCGGGAACUGUGUCGACCAAAGGCAAAAGCGUACGUAUCGGUGGAGCUACCACUGCUCCGGUGUGGGAUCGCCCGACUCGUGCCAGCGUUUUACGUCAAAAAGCAUUGGCCGAAUCUUCGGCAAAAAACCCGGUGAAAGCACGUACGAAGACAGCUUCUACAUCAAAGUCUUCUUCUGGAUCUUCAUCUAGUCUAUCGACACCGAAAGCCCCAAAGACAACCACUAACAAUAAAACUACAAAGACGGUACGAUCAUCACCAUCCAAUACGAGUCUUCGAGUUCCUGCGAAUGGUGCGGACUCGCCAAGAGGUCGCUCAUCCAAUAAGCAGACUCCUACCUCUUCUCGUCCAAGUUCAAUUUCUUCGACCAAAUCUGGGACUUCGCCAUCUGUAUCUCCAUCACGCUUUAAUGGUGUAAAACAAACUCGCGCCAGUAUGCUACGGCAACUCAGAUAUGACGAGGCACAACAAAGGCGUGGCCGUGAUCGUGAUCGUGAUAUUUCACCAAAAUCAUCACGAGCUAGUUCCAUCGCAUCGGCUUCAUCCAACAAUAGCCACACGACCACAUCAUCUCAUCACAGACGAAAGCGGUCUCCUUCAAUAAAUUCAACUUCAACCACGAUUACGUCCGGCUCAAGCGGUGCUAUUACUCGAUUGUCGCCUGAACCACAUCAAGUAAAACUUGCCACGGUCCCUAAUCCGGACAUUUCUGUAGGUAGGCGUGUUAUCCUUCCAACAAAGAAUAAUGCUCCUGGAACUAUAAAAUUCUUGGGUGAAACAGAAUUCGCAAAAGGGAACUGGGUGGGAAUAGAGCUUGAUAAUCCAGUCGGUAAGAACAAUGGUGUAGUGGCUAACAUCAAGUACUUCACGGCUUCCAAUAACCAUGGGAUAUUCGUUAGGCCAGAUUCUCUUUUAUUAAUAUGA